AUGAUGUCUAAUCUUCCACAGGAUUUGCUAGAGGAAAUACUCUAUCGGGUACCAGCCACAUGUCUAAAACGAAUACGACCUACAUGCAAAAGAUGGUACGCUUUAUUCAAAGACCAAAGAUUCUGCAACAAUCACUUCCAUAAAGCACCAAAGCAGUAUCGUAUUCUCAUGUUGAAGGAAACUAGGGUUUCUAUAUUGAACUUCAAUACAAAGUUUAUAGGUACAAGUCUUGUCCUAAAGAACACUACUUUUAAUCCAGAACAAGUCUGUAUCGAUAGAGUUUGUCAUUGUGAUGGUUUGUUGUUAUGCACCACCAAGGAUAAUAGACUUGUAGUUUGGAACCCGUGUUUGGGGGAAACAUGGUGUAUCCAACCUAGAACUUGUAACAAGAUCUCUAGCUUUGCUCUAGGAUAUGAAGAAAACAAAUCUUGUCCUAGCUACAAGAUCUUGAUUAACUGGUACAAACAAAACUCUCAAGCUAUGUAUGAAAUAUAUGAGUUUAGUUCUGAUUCAUGGAAGGUUCUUGAUGAUGUCGGUUUGGACUGCGUCAUCUUCACAAAUAUUGGUGCGUCUUUGAAGGGAAAUACUUACUUUAUUGCUGAAUAUACACUUGGUGGGUGUUUAGUUUGUUUUGAUUUUACAAGCGAGAGAUUGAAACGUUUAUGUCUUCCGCCAAGUAGCUAUCACGGUUGUAUGGCUUUAUCAGUUGUUGGAGAAGUAGAACAACUCUCAUUGUUAAACCGAAAUUGGAGUUUAUCAAAGGUGGAGAUAUGGGUAACAAAUAAUAUUGAUACUAGUACCGAAGCAGCCUUGUUGUGGACCAAAUCAUUUGCCGUGGACUUCUCAGUGUUAGGUUAUUGUUUUUCCGGUUUUAUAUGUUUUUUUAACAACGAAGGAACGAAGUUAAAUGUGUGUAUUAACGCAAGGUUUGGGACCAGCAUGAAGAUGGUACACAUUAAGGACAAUGAAGAUUACCAUAUUAUAGAUUCUACAUACGAAGAAAGGGCGUGGGCAGGUUUUUUCAGUUAUGUUCCAAGUUUGGUUAAACUAAGGAUGUGA